CUGACAUUUACACCGGAAGUGAAAUCUAGUCCCGGAACAGUGUCGUUUGCAGGCAAGUAAUCAACACAAUCUUGAACUAUAUUCCGUCGGAAAACUUACGGAUGGAGAAACAUGUAGAUGUGGCAGUCAUUGGCGGGGGGAUAUCUGGGUUGUCAGCAGCGUAUCACCUCCACAAAAAGGACCCAGGAUUAAAAAUAUGUGUUCUGGAAGCGAAAGAUCGGGUUGGCGGCCGGACACUUACUCUGCCUCUCAAGUGUAAAGAUGGCGGCAUUGACCACUGGGACUUGGGCGGACAGUGGGUGUCCACAUCACAGAAAGACAUCAUGGCUUUGCUCCAGGAAUUUGGGCUGGAAACCUACCCACAAUUCACCACAGGGUCAAAGGUUUUGCAGGUUGGGAGUGCAAAGGUCCAAAGAUUCAAGUGGAUUCCGUCUCUUUCACCGAUUGUGCUUAUAGACCUUUUGUUUUUUAUAUGGAAGGUAGAGAGACUCCAGAAGCAGGUCGACCACGGGGAUCCCUAUAACUGUAGUAGAGGCGAGGAGUGGGAUACCAAAACUCUAGAGACGUUCCUAAAGGAAUCGCUGUGGACACGUGGUGCCUACGAGACAAUAGCGGCCUUCAUUCGUUCCUUGAUUACCAUGGAACCGUCACAAAUAUCGACUCUUUACUUCCUUAGUACGAUGUCAUCCGCCGGUGGACUAAUGGCCAUGGUGGAAACAAAUGAAGACUCCGCUCAGGGUUUAAAAGUCAAGGGAGGAACGCAGCAGAUCUCUAAGAUUUUAGCGGAGAAAGUCGGGACAGACAAUGUCCUGCUGGAGCACGCUGUUACUAAGGUGAUACAGAGUGAGGAAAGCAUUCAACUGAAAUGCCAGAACGGACUGACAGUGAGCUGUAAGCGAGCAGUGAUGGCCGCACCGCCGAUGGUUGCAAGACAAAUACAGUUUGAGCCCCAGCUGUCCUUACAGCGAAGAGAGAUAGAGAAAUGGAUGCCUUUUGGAAACUGCAUCAAAGUCGUUAUAACGUACGAGGAGGCAUUCUGGAAGUCCAAUGGCCAAUCUGGAGAGGCUUUGACGUAUGGUGGUCCUAGUGACGUAAGCGGAUGUGACGUAGGCCCUCUGUCUGCUGUGUGCGAUGCAACAACUCCGAAAGGAAGUCCCGCGCUGUUGGCGUUCUUGUCGGGAGAUCAAGCUAUACAAUGGAGCAGACAGAAAGCUCACACAAGGAAAAACGCAGUUUUAAAGUCAUUGACUGAUUUCUUCGGGUCGCAAGCGGAAACCUGCCUGGAUUACUUUGAGAAGGACUGGAGUGAAGAGCUAUUCAUAGAAGGCGCUUUAGCAGGAGUCAGUACAGGGGCAAUGCGAAACUUUGCUGCUGGUCUCCGGGAACCGCAGGGGAGACUACACUUUGCCGGCGCUGAUGGCGCCAUGGAAUGGGAUGGGUACAUGUCCGGCGGGGUCCAGUCCGGUAUACGUGCAGCAACGGAAAUAUUACAUCAACUCCGGCCCGGCUCCGUCUCCAGUGCAGAACUGUCAGGGACAGCUUACAGUCCUUCAUACAAAGCACCACAACAUCUAAGAAGAAAAGUGAAACAAUCUUACAUGACUAAAGGUUUGAGCUUCGCCAUUUUAGUAGGCGUCAUUGCGCUGCUGUAUGGAAGUUUGUAUCGUUAAUUUGAUAUGAUUAUUAUUUUUACUUAACCACCAAUUAAACAGUUGUUUUGGUGGUAAGCUGCAUUAUUCCGUUCAGACAGUUUAACUGCAUCUCAAACAUUUCACAUGGUUUCCUUAUGAUAUCAAUUAUAACUAUGCAUACCAGAUAGAGUAGUGUUGCCAUGUCCAGGUUACAACAUUUCAGUAAGAUGUUAAAGUUGCACUUCAGUGCCCCAGUCAUCUGCUGACAACGUUGAAAACGUCUCUGUGUGAUUUUAUUCUCUUUGAAGAUGUUAAACCCUUAACAAUUCAGAAAACGUAUUGUAUGUUCGCAUAUGUAUGAGUUGGAAUAAUGUUUUUUAACGCUUUUGUAUUUCAUUGUUAUAAUAGAUCAUUUUGAUUGAAAAUCGAUAUUGUACAUGAUCUGUAGUAAGUCUUAUUGAUCACGUAGUAAUUCAUGACGUCAUUAAUGUCUAAAAUGUAAACCGUUUCCGUAGGAAAUAAGGUAAAAUGCAAAACUAAUGUAAAUAAUUAAAUUAUACAAACCAAACAAAACAGGAGCGUAGAGAGUUGAAAUCAGUGAGUCUCUGGAUUAUUUAAGUCUCUGUAUCCGUAUCUUUGUCAUUUUCAACCAGUUCAUGUCGCCGACAGAUAACGUAAUAUAAUCUACAGAGUAUUAAUAUUGUUGUGUAUUCUUUCACAUUGUUUUUACGCUUACAAUUCACAAAAUUGCCUUUAAAAAUGCUUAAAUCAUUGAAAUUACAAUAAAUCUGUUUAAAACAU